UGGCGCUCAGUAUGCAUUCAAACAGCAAGAGUGGACGAUCUUCGCGCUCUUUUGUGUUCAUAGUCGCGCGAAAGCGAUACGAUUUUUAAUUCGUUAUUAGUGCUUCGCCCCUGCCAAUCAGAGUUCGCGUUUUAACUCCCUCAGUAGGGUAGUUGCGCGCGCAUACCCCAAGAGAUUUGCACACAUCGAUCACAUUUAAAAUCUGUCAAGUUUUCACUGCGAAAUUAGUUCAUUUUCUGAAGCUACAAAUUGUUUAAAACUGUAUCGUCUAUCUAGUGCUUCGGUUGUUAACAAAUAAGUACUGGAUCAAAGUGACGAGAGAAAGGAAGGAAGGAAAUUCGUAACGGAGCUAGCAGCUUCCCCUCGAAAGUACAUACCACGUGAAGUAGCUUCGGUCUCAGUGUUGUGAAAGCAGCGUACUUGAAAGCGGCAUCCGCAAACGUUUCAAGAAUUUAGUACGAAAAAAAGGGGUAACGGUACGAGUUUUACUCGAAUGAAAAGCAUUCAUUCAAGAGACCGUGGUCGAGUAACAGUCAAAUGCCACGCCUAAGGUAGACGACGAUGAACUCUGCGGGCGUUGAUUGAGGUUAGUUUGCGUCUGAAACGAUCGUCGCGAUUUAAGUGCGUCCGUUCGUCGUGCGUUAGCGAGUGACAAUUUUAUUUGUAUACGCUGUGCGUGCGUGUUCAGAAGGAGUGCCAGUUGUAUAUAGAAGAGAAGAAUAAUGUCGAGCAGUGUUUGCCACGCGCCUCUACCAGCACGGAUGGAAGCAUUCACCACGAGACUCUGUCUUCGUGCUGCUGACCAAUAUGAGCGGCUUCUGCAAGCUCACUUCAAUAAGCCUUCGAACAAGGAGCAAACGAGACUGAACCAUAAUUCGAAUCCCAAGGAACACCGAAGGCAGAAGGAUGCAUCGGCCAGCAGCACCUACAGCGCUUUUCGACAAUGGCGAAGGAACACGUCUACGAGUUCGAAUCGGUCCAACAGUGUUGGAUCUUCUUCCACCAGGACACUUGCUAAACUUCCCAAUGAUUCAGCGAUGCAGAAGAUGGAACAGUUCCCCAUGGUUCUCUCAGAUACAACCAUGCCCGAAGAGGAUCUGUCGUUGAAAUUCCUGGCGUUGAAUGCCUUGGAUUUAACAGCACCAGCCAGCGACGUUCUGCUGAAGAACAGAUUGAAAUCCUGGUUCCAAUUAUCGGGACACCCGGACGGUUUCGCUCCUGCUGGACCCGGCACUGUUUGGAAAAGGAAGACAGGUGGAGCAGAAAAUACAGAAAGGAUCGUUUACGAAGCGCUCAGCAAGGACAAAGAACUGCGGGACUGCAUACCAAGAUACUAUCGAGAAGUGGAGUACAAAGGAGACACGUUCAUCGAACUACAAGACUUACUUUUUGGUUUCAACGACCCUCACGUGAUGGACAUCAAGAUGGGAACAAGAACAUUCCUCGAGUCUGAAGUAUCGAAGACGACGGCGAGACCGGACCUUUAUCAGAAGAUGAUCGCCGUUGAUCCGAAUGCGCCUACGAAGCAAGAACAUGAACAGCGUGCUGUGACAAAAUUGCGGUACAUGCAAUUCCGUGAGCAACAGAGCUCGACCUGUAGUCACGGAUUCAGAAUUGAGGCUAUGAAGCUACCUGGUGCGCCGCCUAUUACGGAUCUAAAGAAAGUAAAGUCUCAUCAAGAAGUUCUGGACACCAUGAAACUGUUUCUGGGAACGCGUGAAGGCACUCGCAUGAAGCUACUUGCACGACUGAAGAGUCUUCGCUCGAAGAUCGAAGCCUCUGAAUAUUUCAAAACGCAUGAAAUAAUUGGUAGCAGUAUUUUUAUGAUUUACGACAACGACAAAGUUGGAGUUUGGUUGAUCGAUUUCGCCAAAACACAAGCAUUACCAAAUGGACACAGAGUGACACAUAGAGAACCGUGGCAACAAGGCAACCAUGAAGAGGGAUUCCUAUUUGGCCUGGACAAUCUUAUUUCAACGAUUGAAGAAGUGAACCUUUCUAAAGCGUAGUUUUCACGACGAAAAUUCAUUUAAACUUGUGUAUAUAUUUCAUUUUGGUCUCAUGAUCAUUUCCCAGCAUAAUCAUUUUUAUUUAUAUUGGUAGACUAGUGAAGAAAUAAUCUUUUUCUUUUAGACAAGUACCUACAUUCAUUCUACAAAUAUGUUUCCAGUAUAUUUCAAUUCUUAUAAUACCGACUAUCAACUUUUGAUUGGCUUAGUAUUCCUCGAAUUUCUAUAUAUUUUCUUGAUUAUAAAAUGUUUGCAACAAUGAGACUGCAUUAUACAAAUGAUUUGAAACAGUUCAAUAUACACUGAUAUUUAAGGUAUUUGGAGCGGAAGACUGCUUGUUACUGCAUUUUUUCUAGGAAAUAUUUAGGCGAUGAAUUUUUUAAACAACACUAUAUUUAGCAUACGUACAAAAUUUACAUUGCUGUACAAAUAUAAUUAGGUAUAAUCAUUAACAAUUAUUUAUGAAAAAAUAGGUUGUAAGAUCUUCGUAUAUUUUUAAUAAAAUACUCGUUAUUAUAAACAAUUUUAAUUUUUAAUUUUAAUUAGAAAUAUCGUUGUAUCUUCAUCUAGUUAUUAACGAAUUACUUUGUAACUGCCAAGAGUCUACACUAUCCAACAAAUGUGAACUAUUUUGUUUCCAUAUCCAUUAUGCAUUUUUGUAGCAUCUUAUGCGUCGAUAAAUCAUUUUGUCUCCACCGGUCUCAAUUUUUGAGAAAUACAGUUCUUGCAUUUAAACAAAUUGAAAUAAAAAAUGUAUAAUGGAAAUAGGAACACGAAUUUGUGGAUAGUGCUACCGAGAGAACUAUUCAUAUUAAAAAGAUUUUGUUCGAAGUAUGUAAAUGAUACAAACUGUAUUUUUUAUAGUAUCUAUAAACGUUGUUUGCGCCAAUAUCUGCUUUUCGUAAUAAAAAUAAUUGUUGUACGCUCUAAGGUAUUAAACAAGACAAAUAAUAGUAUAAAACAUGUUAUUCAACAAUAUAUACAAACGCUUAAAAAAUGUAAACAAUUCUAAUGAAAUUCGUACGAUUCAAUUUCCGAUUAUAUAUUUACAUUUACAUAAUACUGGUAGAAAAUAAAAAAUAAUAAAGA